CCAUUCCCAACGUUUGCCUAAAACUCUUCGGAAAGUGGACAAAUAUGUUGUCUUUUUAAGUUGAAAUUGUUAAACGGGAAUAUUUAAAGUUUAUUGAAGCUGGCGUUGACAUGUCGCGAAGUGGCGUUCUAUCAUAUUUUCAUUAGAGACCAAGCAGUAUGGCAGAAGGCGAGGAGACCAUGAGUCAGGAGGACUGGAAGGACAAGUGCAUGGUCCUCGAAGCUCUGCUCAUGAAGUUCAGGGUUCAGAUCAUCAAAAUUAGAGAGCUCACUGCUGACAAGAUUCAACAACUGGAAAGGCAGGUGGCCGAGUCAGAAAAACGAGCUUUUACCGCUCAGCAGCAGUUACAAUGGACGGAGGACAAGCUGAAGGCUCCAAACGGUCAGUCUGAAAACUCAGAGAAGCUUUUAUUUCAGCGCUGCCAAGAGCUACAAGCUUUAGUGCAGGAAAAAGAAGGCAUCAUCAACCAUCUUGAACAGCAACUUGAAGAGCAGACACAGUCAAGGCUUCAAGAUGCCAAGACAGUAGAGGAGAAAGCGGCUAAAAUCAAGGAAUGGGUGAUGCUGAAGUUGUCAGAGUUUGAGGUGGAGAAUGCUGCUCUAAGAGAAACCAACACGCAACAGGACACUCAAAUUAUGGAGUUACAGAAGAAAAUAGAAGAAUUUGAGCAGAAGUACUCUAGUGGACGUGUUGUACUUUGCAGGCCGGGUGAAGCCCAGCGUGUCAGCAGCCUGACGUUUGGCUGCUUUCAGGUUAGAGGGAAAAGCCCGCGUCUCAUAACUGGACCUUUACCCUCCCAGAGGAGCCUAAGCACCCCGGGAGAGACAAAAGACAUGGGAAAUAUGCAGUCAUCAUCCACUGAUGCUGAACUCCGUAGCCCAAAUCAAAACAGACUACUGGAUAGUCCCCCAGAAGAGAACCAGACCAGUAAUACAUUAGAGUUUGGAGCGGGUAGGCCAGAGUCUUGUAGUGUUUCCUCAGUGCUCUCCAGUGCUGAGGGAGGAGGAGGGUGUGAUGUCAAAGAAGAAGGCACGGCCACUGUUAUGGAGUUAAGUCGUGUUGGGAGCGAGGCCUACCUGACUGCCUCAGAUGACAGCAGCUCUCUGUUUGACGACGACAUGCAGGGAGUAGAGCGAACCAGCUUCAAUCUGCUGGGAGGAGCCUCAGACGGGGCCCCUGCAGGGUGUAAAAUGAGGGAGGACUGCAACUCUGAGGAGCUCAACAAACGAUUCCAGUCACAGACGCUUGACUCAUCAUCCUCAUCCAGUGAACCUAAGACCCCCAGCCCCAUCCUCACGCCAGCUCUCACUCCUAAACGUCCCACCCCACCCCAGGACUUUAGAGACAAGCCAGCCUCACCCAAGCAACCCCGACUGCGGACCCCAACAGGUUUGGGUUUGAUGCAAGUAGUUAUGGCUAAGAAACACCUGAGCCAACCAUCCGUCAGCACAGAGGCUGCACACGGACAAACACGUAACGCUCUUAGCAUGCUGCGCUCACUCCGGCCACAGGAAACAGACCUUGACCAAGGCGAGGAGGUCGGCAUGGAAACGGGCAAGGUUCCACCCCCGCAGAUCCGCCACGGCUCUCGCACCAAACCCGCAAUGCUUUCCAUACAGGCCACACCCGUCCCUUCUGAUGGUUGUCUCGAAAUAACCUUAGACAGUCACAGUUCACCUCCUACACCCCCUUUACACAGACUCCCCUCCUGGGAGAGUCGCAUCUAUGCAGUGGCUAAAUCAGGAAUAAGGCUGUCUGAGACAUCCUACACAGACUCAGCUAGCAAAGACUCCUUGUUGCAAUCCUCUUACCCGGCCUUUGAAAUGUACACAUCCCUGGUUUAUAAAAACAUGAGCACACCUGUAUACACUACUCUGAAGGGAAAGGCUACUCUGCUGAGCAGCAGUCCGUUCUCAGAUGAGUCCUCCAGCUCAGAGGAGUCAUCCAGUUCAGGAGAAGAAGAUGGUUCCUUUUCCAGCUCUCACAACUCCUCCAGCUCCCACAAGGACAGUAUCCCAGGCAGCCCACGCUCUCUAAAAAGAGCGGUGUCAGUGUCUUCAAUGGCAUCAGAAUGCGACUAUGCCAUUCCACCUGAUGCCUAUUCCACCGAUACCGAGUGCUCUGAGCCAGAACAGAAACUUCCCAAAACUUGCUCCUUGGCUCGAGACAACUGCAAGACCGAAUCAAUGGAGAAAUCAGGUUACCUGCUGAAAAUGGUGAAGACUUGGAAGAAAACCUGGAAGAGACGCUGGUUCGUCUUGAAAGAUGGAGAGCUCCUCUACUACAAAUCCCCAAGCGAUGUGAUAAGGAAACCUCAAGGUCAGAUUGAGCUCAACGCCACCAGCAACAUUGCACGUGGAGAAGGAAAACAAGUACUCCAGAUAGUGACAGGGAAGCGAGUGUACUAUCUCAAAGCAGACUCCCCUAACCUGCUGGAUGAAUGGCUCAGAGUGCUGCAGGCUGUGUUGAGAGUCAAAGCUGCAAGUCCACUCUUCACUCAGCCGGAUAUGCGGCCCACCAUGAAGGGACAUCUUAUCAAGGUAAAACAUGGCUACUCUAAGCGGGUUUGGUGUGCUUUGAUUGGCAAAACGCUAUACUACUUUCGCAGUCAGGAGGACAAGUUUCCACUUGGUCAGAUUAAGGUUUGGGAUGCCCAAGUGGAGGAGGUGGACAGGUCUCAGGACUCAGAUGAUGACCUGAAAGCAUGUGUGGACAAUUUACCGGUAGUUUCCUUCACCAUCGCCAUUAAUCCGCAGGAUCAAGAACCAACUUACCUGCUCAUUGAGUCUCGCCAUGAAAAGGCCUCGUGGUUGUACCAUCUGAGUGUCGCAGCAGCAACCAUGAUGGGAAAUGUCGGCACUGAAUUUGAGCAAUUGGUGGGGAAACUCUUCCAACAGAAUGGAGAUCCAAACUCACAGAUCUGGCGACACCCAAUGUUGUCUUUCAGUAAGGAAGCUCUGUCGUCUCCUCUCACCACGGUGCCUUCGCAGGCCCUGCAAACAGAGGCUGUCAAACUCUUUAAGACUUGUCAGCUGUUCAUCAAUGUGGCUAUCGAUGCCCCAGCCAUCGACUAUCAUGUCUCUCUCGCUCAGAGCGCCCAGCAGGUGUGUCUGACCCACCCGGAGUUACAAAAUGAGUUCUUCUGCCAGCUCAUUAAGCAGACCCAAAGGAGACAGCCGCCCUGCCAGCCAGGACCCCUGCAGGGAUGGCAGUUUUUAGCCUUGUGCGUUGGACUCUUUCUGCCUCAGCAGCCUUUCCUUUGGCUGCUCCAAGUUCAUCUUAAUAGACACGGAGAGUCCAGGACUGAGGUGGGUAAAUAUGCCAUCUACUGCCAGCGUUCAAUGGAGCGCACCCAGCAGAAAAGCGAGAGACAAGCCAGAGCGUCCCGUAUGGAGAUCCUGUCUAUUCUCCUCAGAAAUCCCUACCACCACUCCCUGCCCUUUAGUGUGCCUGUUCACUUCCUCAAUAACACGUAUCAGGUGGUGGGCUUUGAUGCAUCGACCACAGUGGAUGAGUUCCAGUGUCGUCUCAACCAGGACACCGGCAUGAGAAAAACAGGGCUGUCUGGCUUCAGCUUGUACACUGAUGACCCUACUGGUCGAGAGCUAGAACAUUGCCUCCAUCAGGGAAGCAUCAAGAUGUGUGAUAUUAUCUCCAAAUGGGAGCAAGCUUCUAAAGAGCAGCACUCUGGCAAGUCAGAAAAUACCAGAACAGUCCGCCUUACCUACAAGAACAGGUUGUACUUCUCUAGCCAGGUGAGGGGAGAGUCAGAGAGGGAAAGAUUGUUGCUGGCCUAUCAGACCAAUGAGGCCAUCGUAGCAGGACACUUCCCUGUCAACAAGGAACUGGCUCUGGAAAUGGCUGCAUUACUCGCCCAGGUGGAGUUUGGGGAUUUUGAACGCCCCUUCUUGCCUCCCGGACCCGUUCAAACUAAAUCCAACCAGACCUUGAAACAGGUUCUGGAUAGGUUCUACCCUAAACACUACCGCCGGAUUACAUCAGAGGACCAUUUUAGACAACUGCUCCAGCGUCUCUCUGCUCGCUGGGCCUCGCUCAGGGGUAGAACUUUAUCUGAGUGUGUCAGGAUUUAUCUGACUGUUGCUAAGAAGUGGCCUUUCUUUGGUGCCAAACUUUUUGAAGCAGAGUCCAUCACUGCUUCUCCAGAGACAGCAGCACAUGUUUGGCUGGCAGUUAAUGAAGAUGGUGUCAGCAUUUUGGAGCACAACUCUAUUAAACUACUGGUGACUUACGCCUACAAAAGUGUGAUGACAUUUGGGGGCUGCAAACAGGACUUCAUGCUGGUUGUGGCACAGAACAACUGUAACAACACCAUCAAAGACAAACCAUCAGAGAAACAUACGUUUGCCAUGGACAUGUCCAAGAUCAGAGAGAUGACCCUCCUCAUCUCCAGCUACAUCAAUAGUGCUCAUCAGCAGAAGGCCGCAGCACAUCACCUCUCUGCUCCCGCUCUGAUGGUGGCCCAGCAUGUCAGCCUGAAGAGCAAAGAGCUGAGGAGCAAGUCUCCGCCAGCGCCGGAACGUCCCAGGAAAACCCCCACCUUGUUGUGACCACCAUUGAGCUGAGUUUUUCUAGAACAGGUCACAUCUCUGCGCUCACUGCAGGUGGCACUCCAGCGUGUCCCACUCACACGAUGUCUUGGAGUUGAUUGCCUUACAUUUUAACCGCUCAAAAGAGAGAUUUAUGAGUUUUAUAGGUACAAAGGUGAAACCGGCUCUGGAGCAUUUUUGUCUUCUUUAUGAGUGUGGCUGGCAAGUGUGCAGAAAAGUCAACACAACUCUGUUUACUGAUUGACCAAGCUCGUGUUCUCCAUUUCAUUCAUCUCUGCUGUCUGCUGCGUUUUGGGUUACAGAUGCUGUUUAGGAAAACCCUUGCAUUAACAAAUAGCUGAAAAGAAUACAUUAAUGCUAUUUUAAUGCUUUGCAUCUAUUUGUCCAGUUGCAAAUAAUGCAAGACUGCAGCGGGCCACAACAUGUAGCUAUAUCUGCUUAAUCUAGUUUGAUCCAUAUAAUACAUCACCAAUCUUGUCUUUUUAAAGAUAAUAAUGCACAUGAUUCUCACAGAAGUAUUUAUUUCACAAGAAGUUGUAGAAUGACUGCAUCAUACCAACAUGUCUUUGAUACGGUGGCAAAUGUGCAGCAAUGUCCAAACACUCCUAAGACAGACAUGUUCCAAGACCAAAAACACAAAAGCAACAGGAAAAGGCUACGAUCACAUAAGCUUGAUUAAACACAAAUGCAUAUGUACCAAAAACACACACAGCGCCCUCCUUCCCAAAAUGACAGAUAGAGAAAAGCUGCAUUUCUACCAGGGGCAUCAGAACUCCAUUUUGGUGGAAGGGAAAAAGUACCGUAAUUCACCAACUAUAGUGCACACCUAGAUGCAAGCCUCUUAAUUUUUUUACAUUUUAAUUUGUACAUACUGUAUAUAGACCGCAGACCCUUUGGAUCAUUUCAGUGUUUGGCGCUUUUGAACAUUUUUGCCUGUUUGUCCUUGUCGCCCACUGUACAUUGUGAAAAGAAAUUAGAUUUUAAGAUAAAAAAACUGAAUUUUACCAUAAAAUUAACUGGAUUUUUUCACAUCAAAUUAGUGUAAAUUCAAAAACAGUCCUACUGUAAUUUUUACGGUACAAUUAUAGCAACUACCUGCAAGUUUUUUUUAAAACGUAAAAUUGGCUGUUUUUACAGUGCAUUACUUUAAAUUUAAAAAAUGGUACCGCUUUUAUUUUUACAGGAAAAUGCUAGCGACUACUGUAAAAUCUAGUCGUUUUUACAGUUCAUUACCAUGAAUUGAAAAAUGGUUCAACUGUUAUUUUUACGGCAAACUUGUGGCGACUACCUGACUUUUUCUUUUAAUGUUAAAAUCUAUGGCCGUUGUUUUUACAGUAGUAACGGUAGUGGUAGUAUUAGUUUAUUUCAUACAAUUGCUAUAUGUUACAUCACAUUUUUCCAGUUUCUGUAAAUUGAAAAGCGGUACAACUAUUAUUUUUUACGGUAGACUUCUGGCGGCUAUGUGACAGUUUUUUAAUGUUAAAAUCUAUGACCGUUGUUUUUUACAGUGGUAGUAAUAGUAUUAGUUUAUUUUGAACGUGCAUACAAUUACAAUAAAGUACAUCACAUAUUUUCCAGGUUCUGUAAAUUUUAAAAUGGCACUGCUGUUAGUUUUAUUGUUAAAUGCUGGUAAUUGAGCUGCCAGUUUUUGCCAUAUAAUCUAUAGUCAUUGUUUUUACAGUGCAUUACUGUAAAUUGAAAAACGGUUGCUCUUAUUUUUACGGUAGAAUUCUGGCAAUUGAGCUGCCAGUUUUUGUAUUGUAAGAUCUACUGCCUUUUUUUUUCAGAGUAGUUUGUCCCCAAUUUUAAACUUUUUUUUUUUUUUUUAGAUCCCCCUAUUGCAGUUUUACACAAAGUAGUGGCGGCUCAGUGUGUUGAAUGAGGAGUAGUAUGAAAACCUAAGCUGUAAAUUUAGUGACCUGGUUGGGUUCGAAGGCUCGCCGUAAGAAAGGAAUGAACUUGGACGGAAAUGUGCUGUGUAGUUACUGAAUAGCCAGAAGUGAAACUGCCACCUAGAGCAGCAGAUUGGCUGAAGAUGUGACCGUUUGUAAUGUGAACAGGAUGGUGGAAGAAAAGUGAAAGAGACAUGUUAUGUGUAGCCACAGAAACUGGGAUACAAGUCAUUUCUUGUAGAAGUACUUGGUUGAUACUUGUGUCUCAGAAGCUCGUCAGAAGGCAUUCUUAUUUAGAUUGUUUGACAGUGAAUAAACAUUAAAAACCAGCUUGCUUUCACAGUGUUUAAAACUACAACCUUGCAUUUCAUGCAGAACAUUUUGCAUUUAAAAUGUUUGGUUCAGCACGCAAAAGUGGCCCCGAUGCCCCAUUUGGGUGAACAUGAAUGACGUUUUGGUGGUAUCAACACGUCAUUCCCACUGCUAGCGACACUCCCUCAUUCCACUAUCCUCUCACACAAGGCGGGGGCGGGAGGACAUACAAUACAUGGCCUGCCUGAACUCGUUUGACACGUGCUUUUGUUCAGGUUACUAUGGUGAAAAAAAAAGUAGGAAGGGCUAAGGGGGAAGCAGAAAAAAAACUGGGUGAGGCAAAAGGGAAUUAAACUGUUCCAGGUAAAUACAAAGAGUGAUGAUACUCUCCUGUUUGCCUAUUGUGUGACUAUAUGGUGCAAAUUAGAAAGUCAGAGCUCUACAUAUAAUGCGACAAACAAAUACUGUAUGUCAUCACAAACACAAUUGUCACAUCUCAUAUUUAGUUUGUAAAAUAUACUUCUAUUUAGUUAUUUUAGAUAUUUUUCAAAUGUAUUUGUUGAUACAUUUUUGCAAAGCCAGUACUUUUAAUACAAUUCUUGAAUUGGCUGUACCAUAUGUAAAUGUUUUUGUAAAUGUGUGACUUAAUGCAUUGUCUCACACAUACAGUAAAUGGUGAUGUUUGAGCUAAUAAACAACCCU